UCAAGUUUUUUCAUUGUUGUUCCUGUUAAGUUUAUUGACACCAUGGGUUUCCUCCUUCCUAGAAUAUCAAGCCCCAAGAGGAGUCUUAUUCGAUCCCUUUCUAACGGAAAACAGACAGCUUCAAAGACCUCAGAUAUCCCAAAAAGCUAUCUUGCAGUAUAUGUUGGUGAGAGCCAGAAGAAGCGAUAUGUAAUUCCAAUACCAUACUUGAACCAACCUUCAUUUAUGUAUUUGCUGAGUCAAGCUGAAGAAGAAUUUGGAUACGAUCAUCCCAUGGGUGGUAUCACAAUCCCCUGCAGUGAAGAAACCUUCCUUGAUCUCACUUCAAGCUUAAGUGUGUAACUGAAUGAUAAUAUCACAGUGGGAUCCAACUUUAUAUUCAAAAAGCAUCAACAUUUCAGAACAUGCUGCUGAGCCAAGAUGAUUGAAGAAGAGGCAAGGCUAUGAUUGUCGUCAAUUGAAUCAAGUAACCUCUUUUUGGCUGAUGGGAAGAUUCUGCAACUCUGAAGCAGCUCCGGAGCUGAAAGAUACUAUAAUGAUGAAGCAGACGAACGGUGAUUCCAUAUGAAUUCAUAAACACAAUUCAUCCAAGUGUCACUACUCCAUUUUUGAACUCAAAGAUAGUGACAUUUAGUCUUCAAUCCUAUGUAAACUUACUUCUCAGUUCAAUUGUUCAAACAUGGUCAUAUUCUGGGAAUAUAUAAUACAGUCGAUCAUGAUCAACUUUUCUGUCUUAUUUUCCCUUGCACCAUUAGUCCAUUACCAUUAUUUACUAAAUCGCAGAGUUUAACAACAAACAAACUGUAAUGGCAUAUAGCCUGUAGCUCCAAAUCAAGACUAGUGUCAUACCAUUUUCACACCCAGU